CGGACCCCUCCCCGCCAACGCGUGGGAUUUUGUUUACUUUGGAAAAUCAAUGUUCUGGGCAUCAGCCUCUUCCCCGCUGUCGCAAUCCAACGCAGACACAAGAACGGGCCGCAGCUAGCCUCGUCAAACCGCCAGGAUGAGGGUCACGGAAAUAAUCAUAGAUGGCUUCAAAUCCUACGCUGUCCGGACGGUGAUCUCGGGAUGGGACGAGAGUUUCAACUCCAUCACUGGCCUCAACGGGAGCGGGAAGUCCAAUAUUCUCGAUGCGAUAUGUUUUGUUCUGGGCAUUACCAAUAUGUCCACGGUUCGGGCGCAGAACCAGCAGGACCUUAUAUACAAGCGUGGCCAGGCAGGUGUCACAAAAGCAAGUGUGACCAUCGUGUUCGACAACAGGGACAAGAAGACUUCCCCGAUAGGGUUCGAGGAAUAUGCGACCAUUAGCGUCACGCGCCAGGUCGUCCUAGGCGGAACCUCCAAGUACCUAAUCAACGGCCACCGCGCCCAACAACAAACGGUCCAGAACCUGUUCCAGUCGGUUCAGCUGAACAUCAACAACCCGAACUUCCUCAUCAUGCAAGGACGCAUCACCAAAGUCCUCAAUAUGAAGGCUGUCGAGAUCCUCGCCAUGAUCGAGGAGGCUGCUGGGACGAGAAUGUUUGAGGACCGCCGUGACAAGGCGCUCAAGACCAUGGGCAAGAAAGAGAUGAAGCUACAGGAGAUCAAGGAGCUCCUGAGCGAGGAGAUCGAGCCCAAGUUGGAGAAGCUACGCACCGAGAAGAGAGCGUUUUUGGACUUCCAACAGACCCAGAACGACUUGGAGCGCCUGAGCAGGGUGGUCAUCGCCCACGACUACAUCAGGAACCAGGAGAAGCUGCGGCAGUCCGCUGCCGACCUGGAGGCCAAGAAGGCGAGACAGAAGGGCCUGGAGGACUCGGCCGUCAAGCUCAAGAGUGAAAUCGCACACCUCGAGGAGGACGCCAAGAGAGUAAGAGCACAGCGUGACAAAGAGCUUCGCAAGGGGGCCAAGGCCCAGGCGCUUGAGGAGGCGGCCAAGAAGCACUCCAAUGAGCUUGUCCGUCUUGCCACCGUUGUGGACUUGAAAAACACCAGUAUGACGGAGGAGCAAGAACGUAGGACGGCGGGCGAGAAGACCGUUUCGGAGCUCGAGUCUACCCUCAAGGAAAAGACGAAGGCGUACGAAAAAGCCAAGGGCCGAUACGACCAGGCCAAGGAGGAGCUCGAAAAACAGAACCAGGAUGCCGAGGCGAAAGAGGAACUGCUGCAGACCUUGCAGACAGGCGUCGCGUCCAAGGACGGGCAGGAGAAUGGCUAUCAGGGCCAGCUCCAGGACGCAAGGAAUCGGGCGACCGCUGCCGUGACGGUGCAGGAGCAAGCCAAGAUCAAGACGGCGCAUCUGGAAAAGCGCAUCAAGGAGGAGGAGCCUCGGGCGAAAAAGGCAAAGGCACAGAAUGCAGGGCUUCUCCGCGAUCUUGAUGGCCUGAAAGCGCAAGCUGAGAAGAUCGAAAGGGAGCUCGGCAAGCUCGGCUUCAGCCCCGGCGCCGAGGAAGACAUGUACAAGCAGGAGGGUGCGCUUCAGCAGUCAAUCCGCAACCUCCGCCAGGAAAGCGACGUGCUGAAGCGCAAGGUGGCUAAUAUCGACUUCAACUACGCGAACCCGGUUCCUAACUUUGAUCGAUCCAAGGUCAAGGGCCUGGUGGCGCAACUCUUCACCCUGGACAAGCAGCACACGGCUGCCGGCACUGCUCUGGAGAUCUGCGCGGGCGGGCGCCUUUACAAUGUCGUGGUCGAUACGGCCGAGACUGGUACGCAGCUGCUCCAGAACGGAAAGCUGCGCAAGCGCGUUACCAUUAUCCCCCUAAACAAGAUCGCCGCGUUCCGGGCGUCGGCGUCUACCAUUGCGACGGCGCAGUCCAUCGCGCCGGGCAAGGUCGACUUGGCGCUGUCUCUGGUCGGAUACGACGACGAGGUUUCGGCGGCGAUGGAGUAUGUUUUCGGCAACACGCUCGUCUGCGCCGACGCCGACACAGCCAAGAAGGUCACGUUCGACCCCAACGUGCGCAUGCGCAGCAUCACUCUCGAGGGCGAUGCAUACGACCCAUCCGGUACCCUCUCGGGCGGCAGCUCACCCAACUCGAGCGGCGUCCUUGUCACGCUUCAGAAGCUCAACGAGAUCACUCGCAACCUGAACGAGGCCGAGACAUCUCUCAGAGCUCUGCAGGCCAGAAUUUCCAGCGAGAAGUCCAAGCUCGAUCAGGCCCGAAAGCUGAAGCAAGAGUUGGAUCUGAAGGCGCAUGAGAUCAAGCUUGCAGAGGAGCAGAUUGGCAGUAAUUCGUCCUCUUCCAUCAUCCAGGAGGUGGAAAAGAUGAAAGCGCAGAUCGUGCAGCUAAAGCAGGACGCCGCCGAGGCCAAGCAGAAGCAAGUCGACGCCAACGCCGACAUUAAGAGAAUUGAGAAGGACAUGAAUGACUUUGACAACAACAAAGACGCAAAACUGGUUGAGCUCCAGGCUUCGCUAGACAAGCUUCGGGCGACUUUGGGGGCAAACUCGGCAUCGGUCAAGGCCCUCCAGAAGGAGCUUCAGAGUGUGCAGCUAGACUCGGAGCAGGUCGGUGGCGAUUUGGCGGCCGCUCGGGAGCAACUUCAGGAGAUUGACCUGGCAAUCAGCGCCCAGAGGGACGAGAUCGCCGAGCUGGCCAAGCAGCAGGCCGCCCUCAAGGAGACGUACGAGGCAGCGCAGGCUCAACUCGAGGACGAGAGGGCAAAGCUGAGCAUCUACGAUGACGAGUUGCAUGCGCUCGAGGAUGCAACUCGGUCCAAAAACGCCCGAAUCACCGAGGAGGGCCUGGAAAUGCAGCAGCUGGGGCACCAGAUCGAGCGGUUCCACAAGGAACAGCAAGCGGCAGGCGAGGCAGUGACUAAGAUGGAGAGCGAGUGCGAGUGGAUCGCGGAUGAGAAGGACAAGUUUGGACGCUCCGGCACGCCCUACGACUUCAAGGGCCAAAACAUCGGCGAGUGCAGGGCCACGCUCAAGAACCUGACGGACCGGUUCCAGGGAAUGAAGAAGAAGAUCAACCCCAAGGUCAUGAACAUGAUCGAUAGCGUUGAGAAGAAGGAGUUGUCACUCAAGCACAUGAUGAAGACGGUCAUCCGAGAUAAGCGCAAGAUUGAAGAGACCAUCGUCAGCCUCGACGACUACAAGAAGAAGCAGCUACAGGAGACGUGGGAAAAGGUCAACGCCGACUUUGGCCAGAUCUUUGCCGAGCUCCUGCCCGGCAGCUUUGCCAAGCUAGACCCACCGGAAGGCAAGACGAUCAGCGACGGCCUCGAGGUCAAGGUGUCGCUAGGCAAGGUCUGGAAACAGAGCCUCACGGAGCUGAGCGGUGGUCAAAGAUCCCUUAUCGCCCUGUCGCUUAUCAUGGCGCUUUUGCAGUUCAAGCCUGCGCCCAUGUACAUUCUUGACGAGGUCGACGCGGCCCUGGAUCUUUCGCACACGCAAAAUAUCGGGCGUCUGAUCAAGACGCGAUUCAAGGGGUCGCAGUUCAUCGUCGUCAGUCUCAAGGACGGCAUGUUCCAAAACGCGAACCGCAUCUUCAGGACAAGGUUCAGCGAGGGCACCAGUAUGGUGCAGGCGCUCACCCCUGCCGAUUUGAGGUAGCGAUUGUAUGUAGGCCGCGACGGCCUCGAGCGGCGAGGUGGUUGCUAUGUCUUGUUGUGUCUUGAUAAUAGGUCUUUGUCGGCGAGGGCGUUGGUUGGUGUCAUGAUGCUGGAUGGCUUUACUGUUGCGUUUGGAAAGCUGGGGCUGGUCGGCUGGCACGUACGGGCAAUGAUGUGACGAGGAAACGGUAUCUAUAGACGACGAGAUUUUGGGACGAGAUUCAGCCUACAUGAGUAAUCUCCAUUUGCCUUGGCUGUUCUAUACCA